ACACAUUAUCCAUUUCAACCACUCUGGUCUCUGCCUUUUCUUUUUAUCUUUGCCAUCGCAGACUCCGUCGUCUCCGUUACUCCCUGAUUCAAUCCCUGGUAAGUCUCUUUCUUUUUGGUAGUUUUUCUGGGUCCAGAAGAAGUGACGGAAAGGGAAAGAAGAGUAAAAGCUCUUUGAAUGAGACCCACUCAGAUUGUGAGGCCCAACCCAAUCUAGGCCCAAGAGUCAAGACCCGUUGAACCCAGCCCAAGCCCCUCACAUACCCAAGCCCAGUCCUCACCAACUACGUCGUUUUGGGAAAAACCCUAACUUCCUCUUCCCCCGUUCUCUCUCUCCCUCUCUCUCUCCCUUCCCUCCCUGUCGGCUUCUCACCCUUCUCUCUCCCUCGCCUUUGCCCUCUUGUUUUCCUUUGCUCCACCCCGCCGUGCAUGACCACCGCAACCCUCCCAUCUCCGGUAACCUCCUCUCUCUCCAUAUCUAUCUCCAACGCCCCCUGCCUCUCUCAUUCUCUGUGAGUUGCCGCCGCGCUGCCCCUCCCGACCACGAGCACGCUGCCGGUAACCCUCUCGGCCUUUCCUCUACCUCCGUUUCAUCUCUCGGCGCCACUAUCUUCGGUCAGAUUUCUUUCCCUCUCUCAUUCUCUUCUCCGUUUUCUCUCUGUUUGGCUCCGCCUCCGUCGUUUUCCACACCCCGGCACCACUCCUCAUCGGAGACCGUCUCCACUCCUCUCUCUGUCUUGCACUCUCUUUCUAUCCUUCAUCCACUUUUCUCUCUCAUUUUUCCCGGCGCAACCCACCCCAUCUCUAUGAUUCUCGGCGAGUCACCGUCGUAAUCUAAGCCCUUCCGCACCGCCAACUUCUGCUGCCGCCUUCUGACACCGAGACCAGCCUGAGAGAGAAACGGUGCGUGUAUGUCGGGAACGACCACAGCCAGCAGCAGAGCUCGGGACGCCUCAAUCAUCCAGAAAAUUUCCCUCUGCGCUAGGGUAUAAAUGUCUCAAGUCCAGUGUGUGCUAUUUGAAAUGGUUGCAGAGAGUAUAAAUGUCUCUAGCCAAGUGAAACCAACUGAGACCUAGAGGGUACAAAUGUUUCAGGUCCAGUGUGCUUGAAAUGGUUUCAGAGGGUAUAAAUGUCUAUGGCUAAGUGAAACCCAACUGAGACUUAGAGGGUAUAAAUUACUCAGGUCCAGUGGGUGCCCCUUGACUGGUGGGGGCUUGGCAUGGUGAUCUGGCACCGCCAGAGGAUUGAGGAUUGGGGCUUUCCCCCCAUUUUGAUUAAGUGCUAUAUAUCAACUUUACAAAAGGAAUGAAUGAUUGUAUUAUUCUUUUGCUCAUGGGUUUGUGACAAGCGACUUAUGGAUAUUGUGGUUGGGAUGUAAUUUAGUUUUUUUUUUUGGUACUGUUAAUUAGAAGUGAUUGUGACUUCUUUUUUAUUAUUAUUAUUUCCCCUGCAAAUAUAACUGUUCACCAUUUAUUUUAAGCAUGCAUGCACACACUUGUUGUCACGAUGUGCGAUGGGUAUAUGACCCGUGUGACCAACAUCCCAGCGUCGCGGUCCUUGCUGAGGUGGGGCUGGGGGCGCCCCACAGAUAUUUGGUUUCAAAGCCAAAUUUACUCGCUUUCUGGGUUUUACUUGCUCUCUGGGGUGGGGAGGUGUGGCUCAAUUUGUGUUCAAUGUGUCUAGUUGAGUGAUUUCUUUUGAGGCUGUGGAAUUUGAUUUAGGUAAUUUGCUAGGAAGUUGAAAAGCUGCUGUAAUUGCUCUUUACGCGUUAGAAGAGGAAGCUUAGUGUGAGUGAACCAUGUUUGGUGGGAUUCACCCAAGGGUGUUGUUCGAGAUCCGGAGACAGUUGCACACGCUGUCCCAUGAAAGCCCCUCCCAGACCUUGAAGAGCAAGAUCGCAGAGUUACAGAAGAUGAGGAAGAUGAGGAGGAGCCCGAAGAAGGACCAGUUCUUGGUGGAAGUUCCUGAGUCGAGAGCCUACCUUGACACCGCCACCAUGCCCAUGAUUGUCGCUGGUGUCGGUAUUGCCUUCUUUGCCAAGCUCCUCAUGAUGUAUGAUGAUUCUAGGUCACAAGAAUUGAUUGAGCGGAAAAUAAGGAAUGCCCCUGCGGGGCAGGGCACUGUCAGGAUGCUGUCUCGUGAAGAGUGGGAAGAAAUUAGAGAAGUAAGGCCUAGGACUCCCUUUGAGUCUAAGCUUGCUCGUCCAAAUGCACGAAUUCGAACUGGGGAACCACUGCGCAUGGAGGAUUUGAAAGACUGGACGAUUGAUGUGCUCACAGACGCAUUCACCAGAGUUGAAGAAACUGUUAGACAAAACUCCGAUGAGUCAAGACUUUGAUUGCUGAUACACAUAAUGAUAGAUACUGUUUUACUAAUUCGAACUGGAGAACCACUGCGCAUGGAGGAUUUGAAAGACUGGACGAUUAGACGCAUCCAACAGAGUUGAAGAAACUGUUAGACAAAGCUCCGAUGACUCUGAGACUUUGAUUGCUGAUACACAUAAUGAUAGAUACUGUUUUGCGUGUAACACUGGAAAUGGGUUUGCCAUGUAAUCCAUCUACAAAUGGCAUCUAUCAGGAACUCUAAAAAAGGUUGCAGUCACAUGACAUACUAGGCCUUUUCUUUUCCUAUUCCCCCCCCCCCCCCCCUUCUUGGUAAGCAGCAUUUUCAAGUGGACUUGGUUGAGAAAGGAAAGGAUUAUCAGAUGGGUUUAACAUCUUCAGAUUUCUUAUGUUCAUAUACCAAAAAGAAGCAUAAUUUAAUUUGCAAACGAUAAUAGUAUUCUUGCUAAUGCCCUUCA